AUGCUCCUCACCGGCGAGCUUGCCGAGUCGAGCAGUUUCACCGAUGUCAACAAGACUCUGACACCACCCAACACCUUCUCGCUGGCGUGUGGACCCGGCUUUGUUAACCAGACAACACUCACGAGCUACCUGUUCGAUGUUUCCGACGUCGACUCGCAGAUCGCCAACGGCCAGAUGAACACUUCGCCCAGCCUGGGGUACAACCUCACGACAGUCGCGAACGCGCUGGCGCCGCCGGCCGGGAGUUUCGGCUUGCAGGGCUCCCAGCUCCUCCUGGGCCUAAUGGCCUUCAACGACCACGCGCGUCUCACAAACGACUUCGCCUGGGCGCGAUCCACCUGGCCGCGGUGUCAGAGGGUGCUUGACUGA